UCCUGUUGUGGGCAGGCAUGUGACUGCAGGAGCAGCUGACCAGCUCGGCUCUACUUCCUUCCUCGUCUAUGCUCAGCGGAGUGAUGCGAUAAGCUGCGGUACCGGCCCGGUGUGUAGUGAUGUGGGUCCAAAGCUCUGCCCCCGCACGGCUCUGCCUGCUGCUCCAGCUGGGGCUCCUGUGCCCGGGACUAGUGCUCGGGGCUGCGCGGAGACCCAACGUGGUGCUUAUCCUCACUGAUGACCAGGACGUGUCCCUCGGUGGCAUGACUCCAUUAAAGAAGACUAAAGCACUGAUUGGAGAUCAUGGUGUAACCUUUACCAAUGCCUAUGUUGCUAGUGCCCUUUGCUGUCCAAGUAGAGCCAGUAUUCUGUCUGGUCGGUACCCACAUAACCAUCAUGUUGUCAACAACACACUAGAAGGAAACUGCAGCAGUAAAGCGUGGCAGAAGACACAAGAGCCAUUCACCUUCCCUGCUCUCCUUCAUUCCUCUGGUUACCAGACAUUCUUUGCCGGAAAGUACUUAAAUCAGUAUGGAUCUGAAGACGCGGGUGGAAUCGGUCAUGUACCUCCGGGUUGGAGCUACUGGUUUGCCUUGGAAAAAAAUUCAAAAUAUUACAACUAUACUCUGUCUGAAAAUGGCCGGGCACGGAAUUAUGGACAAAACUACAGUGUGGAUUACCUGACUGAUGUCUUGGCGAACAUCUCCUUGGAUUUCCUAAACUACAAGUCAAAUUAUGAGCCCUUCUUCAUGAUGAUCGCCACUCCAGCUCCGCACUCUCCGUGGACCGCAGCUCCUCAAUAUGAAAGCUCCUUCCCAAAUGUCACUGCGCCCAGGAACAGCAAUUUCAAUGUCCAUGGCAAGGAUAAACAUUGGCUAAUACGACAAGCCAAGACCCCUAUGUCUAACACUUCCAUACAGUUCCUAGACAAUGCUUUUCGCAAGAGGUGGCAGACUCUGCUGUCUGUUGAUGACCUGGUGGAGAAACUCCUAAAACAACUUCAGGCACGUGGGGAACUGAAUGACACCUUCAUCUUCUUUACAUCUGACAAUGGAUACCACACAGGGCAAUUUUCAAUGCCAAUCGACAAAAGGCAGCUCUAUGAAUUUGAUAUUAAAGUUCCAUUACUUGUCCGGGGACCUGGGGUGAAGCCUAACCAGAUCAGUCAGGCACUGGUUGCAAACAUUGAUCUGGGUCCAACCAUCUUGGAUAUUGCUGGAUUUGACCUCAAUAAGACUCAGAUGGAUGGCAUGUCAUAUUUACCCAUUUUGAAAAACAGUAAUGGAACCUGGAGAACAGAUUUUCUGGUUGAAUAUCAAGGAGAAGGUGUUAAUCGUACUGAUCCAUCAUGUCCUUCUCUCGGGCCAGGAGUGUCUCAAUGUUUCCCAGACUGUGUAUGUGAAGAUGCAUAUAACAACACGUAUGCCUGUGUGAGGACCAUUUCCAAAGACCACGAUUUGCAAUAUUGUGAGUUUGAUGAUGCAGAGGUCUUUGUUGAAGUCUAUAAUUUGACAGCAGAUCCAAAUCAGUUGACAAACAUUGCUAAGACCAUAGACCAAGAAGUCCUUGAAAAAAUGAACCAUCGGCUCAUGGUCCUGCAGUCCUGUUCUGGGGAUUCCUGUCGAAGUCCAGGGGUCUUUGAUCCCAGGUACCGUUUUGAUCCAAUGUUGAUGUUCAGAAAUAAAGGUGACCAGGGCCAUGUGAUGACCAGAAAGUCUUUGAAGCCGAGCGUCUUACGUUAGAGAAUGGGACUCGCGUAGACUUGGAUGAAGUAAUUGAACUGGUCUUUUGAUUGACUACCACCAACCUUGGACACCUCCACGAUCUGGUGUUUGUUGUUUUUUGUGCAGGAAAUAAUCAAAGUUGGCUACCCUUGCUGAAAUCUGUGAAUUGUGGCAACUCUGGCCAUGCCGGUGUAUUCUUUGGUCCCUUGUGGCUGAGAAUGUUACUUCUGUGGUUGGUUGGCUGGAGUUCUGAAGGUUUUUACUUUCUAUGAUAAAGGGAACAGAACUAGUCCUUUUCCGGUCUUCUAGUCAAUUUAAAAAGCAAUGAAGAUUUGUUUGAUCUGAUCUAGUUAUCCAAACUAAACUCUAUUGCUUGGCACUAAUGUCUUGUACUCAAAUUAUUUUUAUAACAAAAAAUUUUUAUUUAGAUAUUCUGAACACAUAUCAGGCUUUAGAGACAGUCAGUGGAGCUCAGAGCUAGGGUUAAUGCUGUUUAAUCCUCCAAUUCUUAAAGGGGUACUCCAGUGGAGAACAAAUGUUUUAAAAUCAACUGGUGCCACAAAG